UAAGGUACGGGCACGACUCUCGAACGGCAAGCCACGUAACAAUAUACUUAUUACGACGCAUGUGCCAGUGAUAAUACAUACUUAUUGGAAAUAGCAUAGAAUUGUUUGUGCGCGUGUGUCGCUCGCUUAAGCCAUUGGCGUUACUAUUUGAUCAAGUCAAGUGAUAAGACAUAUUUAAAUUUCAUCAUUGUUAUUUUCGUGGAAUUACUACUUAUGUAGAUACAAACAAACAUACGAACAUACUCGUACAUAUGUAUCGAGCUAUGCAAUAGAAGCCUCUACUGUCAACUAAUUGAAUUAACGCCCGCACGCGAUUAACGAAGCUUCUUGUAUUUGCUGUGCUUAUGUAAAUACAUAUAUAUAUAUAUAUAUAUAUGUAUACAUAUAUACGCGCACGUUCAAAAUAUAUACAUAAAUACGUACGACAAUGGUAUGUAUGUUCAUGCGCAUGACUAUUUGCUGUGACACAAAAGCUGCUCGUCGCACGAUCUAAUGCCAAUAGUACUAGAGCCUAUAGAUACUAUGUAUGCACAUACAAACAUGUGGACAUGAGCAUCAUUAACACUUUUCGAAAUUAAUAACAAAAGAAUUGAAGAGUUUAGCGAGUUUGCUAUCAACACCUGAUCUCGAUCAUUUAACACCAGUUUUGCUAAGGCGAACGCUAUAUGAUUAUCGUGCUAAAAAUACCAAAAGUAAAUACAUAUGUACAUGUAUAUGUAUGUACGAAUAUGUGAAGUUCCGACGUGACUUUAAAUCAAUUGAGGUGUUACUCAUAUGUGAAAAUUCAUCAUUUAUUAUACAUACAUUUAUUGUACAUAUGUACUUGUGUAUGUACAUUUAUAAGCAAGUAAAUUAUGAAUGCCUUUAAAUCGGUGUAUAAAAAAGCACAUAAAGUGAUUAGAAUCUGUGAAUGUCGGAAAUUAUUGCCGAAAAUACUCCUUUACUAAUGAAAAACAAAAACAAAAAUUAUAAUAAUAAACUAAAAUUUAAAUAAAAACCUAAAAAGGGCUUGACUUCCAAUACCAAAACAGUCAAGGCAAACAAACAUCAUUUUCGAGUGAAUUUACAUAUCUAAUUGUGGCAUCAUUAACUGAUCAAAUCCAUACAAAAUGAUGACAAUGAAUGAUUUGGUGGAUUUGCGCAUGCAACAACAAAUCGCGCACGAGAUCUACCGCCAACAAAUAAUGCAACGCAUACCAGAUCCCUUCCCGCCCAUGCUACCGAUUCCAAUGCCGCGUCAUGUGAUAAUGCCACCGAGGAUCACUUUGCCGGGCGCCGAAGUUACUCUGCAAAAUGAUCAGCUCUGGAAACAGUUUCAUCAAAUCGGAACAGAAAUGAUAAUAACAAAGAGCGGCAGACGCAUGUUUCCAUCGAUGCGCCUUUCCCUUUCCGGUCUGGAGGACGAGUCCAAUUAUUGUGUUCUCUUAGAAAUGGUGCCGAUUGGUGAUUGUCGCUACAAAUUCUCCGGUUCGCAAUGGAUGCCUGCUGGAGGUGCAGAGCCUCAGAGCCCGCAGAGAAUGUAUUUGCAUCCGGAUAGUCCCGCAUCGGGUGCCCAUUGGCAGGCACAACCAAUUCUCUUCAACAAAGUUAAGCUCACUAACAACACUUUGGAUAGCAACGGACAUAUUGUUUUAGCCAGUAUGCAUAAGUAUCAACCUCGCAUACACGUGAUACGUACCGCUGAUCUAACACAAAUUCCUUGGGCUCCACAGCAAGCCUUCGUAUUUCCCGAAACAGAAUUUGUGGCAGUAACAGCCUAUCAGAAUGAUCGCAUCACCAAAUUGAAAAUAGACAACAAUCCGUUCGCGAAGGGCUUCCGCGAAACUGGUCAAUCGCGUAGUAAACGUAAAAUGUCUUCAUCGCCCUCCGAUGAGGAUGCUGAACAGCAGCAACCACAGCAACAUCAUCAUCAUCAUCAUCAACAACAACAACAACAGCAACAACAGCAAACACAUCAACAUAUGGGGCGCCAAUACGGAAUGAGACAAUCACAAUCUCAGUCUCAAACACAUUCCCACAGUCAGCGUAGCGCCAUGUCGCCAACAAUGUCAACGGCGGUGACCAGCGAGUCGGGUUCAUCAAUUUGUUCUGAUAAGCCAGUACAUACGAGUACGAGCAGCGACGAGGCAGCCUUUGUGGACGUUGACAUUAUAGCAGAUGCCGAUACCGAUGAUGGCAGACCGCAAAUUAAGCGCUUGAGAUCAAAUGGGUCCGCCGGCUCGAUAGCAUCGACACCGCUGGAAGAGUUGAACGUUAAUGCGCAUGCGGUUAGCGAACGUGAGUCUUAUUCAUUUGCUGCCGACGAAACGAGUUUACAAUCGGUGUUGUUUACGCCACUGUCAGAGCAGAAUGCCGCUUCUACUGCUGUUGUUGCUGCUGCUGCUGCUGCUUCUACUUCCUUCGCCAGCGGUGGUGGUGGUGGUGGUGGUCAUCAUUCGUCGUCGUUCAUUUUGCAACAUUUGCAGCAAAACAUGCAAACAAUGCUCCGUCCGUCGUUGGUCGAUUUGGCUUGCACUUAUUUUGGUCGCACACAGCCCAUCUACGCUCAACACAUGCACCCACCACAUUUAGGCAUCGACGAUCAAAACCUGCCCGUUGCGAUGCCACCAGCAAUCGCCGAGCGCUAUUCUUAUGCAGAAUUUGUCGAUUCAUCGAUGCCGACACGUGCUAACGAAACCCCAUGCCAUACGCUGCCGCCGCCCCACAUCGAAGAGUCGGCGCCGCGAGCCGUUGACAAAGACGAUGGAAGAGCAGAUGCCACUCCGCUGUCGAACGAUACACAAAUGCAACAACUGCAGAGCUUAAUGAGCCAUUCCCCGCCAAAACGGAAAGGUUUUAGUAUUUCAGCCAUUUUAGGAGGCAGCAGCUAGUGCUAACAGCCCAAACGGACUAAAUCCAUAUACACACAUAUGUAUAUACAUAUGUAUAUGUGAAUUUGUAUAAAUGUUCGUUGACAUAUUCAACUGAGAUUUAUAGUUUAGAGUAAACAUGCGGUGGGGUCCAGCUCAUUAUUAAGAAUUAAACAACUAACAUUACCUCGUUGUUAUUACGGCAAAAAAAA